GUUAUUAAUUAUAAAUGGCAUUUGGUGCAUCAUCUGCAACAGAUGGGCCAAAGGAAUCUAAAAGAAAAAAAGUUGACAACAAUGAUAAAAAAAAAGUCAAAUUGUCACAAUAUGCCUGCAAAGUAUUUUGCCUUGAUGGCUCAGAAAUUUCAUCUAAUGUUGAUAAAUCAAGCAAAGGAGAAGUUCUUUUCAAUAACGUUGUUGCUACUUUAUCUAUUACGCAAAAGGAAUAUAUGGGUUUAUUGUUUUUUAAUGAGACUGGAGUCAAGUGCUGGUUAGAUAUUCACAAAGAAAUGAAACAUCAGAUAGGAGAUGCUGACGCAAAAUUUUAUUUUCGAAUUAAGUUUUAUGAGCCUGAACCUACAAGAAUUUAUGAUGAGUUUACACGCUAUUUGUUGUACCUACAACUUCGAGAUGACUUUGUUAAUGGCAGAUUACUUGUCAGUCAAAGUACAUAUGCAAUUCUGGGUUCCUACACACUUCAAGCCGAGGUUGGAGAUUUCAAUUUCUCAGACACCAAAAGGGAUUAUUUGAGAAAUUAUCAGUUUUCACCAAAUGAUGAUGAAUGGAUUUUGGAUAGAGUUUAUAACCUGCAUAAAGAUCGAUGUGGUCAAUCUCCGGCACAAGCAGAAUUAAACUUUCUUGAAAUUGCAAAAAAAGUACCAAAGUAUGGUGUUGAUAUGCAUCAUGCAUAUGUUGAUUUAAAACCAGUUGAAGUUGGGGUAGCAGCAUUAGGAAUCAAUAUAUAUGAAGGGGAAAAUAGAAAAAAUAUUUUACAAUGGCAAAGUAUUGAUGUACUUUCUUAUAAGAAACGUAAGAUGACUGUUAAACUAAAGCAGGGUUUAGUAGAUGAGGAUAACAAAAAGAAGCCAAAAUUAUUAUACUGUUUUUUGUUUGACUCAGCAAAACUGUGUAAACAAUGCUAUAAGUCAUGUGUUGAGUACCACACCUUUUUCAGAUUAACUCACCCUGACUCUCCUAGAAAGAAAACAGAUAAAUUAAAACCUGGCUCUAGUUUUAGAUACAGUGAUCGUACAUUAUAUCAACUACGUCAAAGAUCUGCUACUGAGAACGGUUCAAAUCGUCGUUUCAAUAGAACUCCUAGUAUUAAAAGUAAAGAUAAAAAUGAAAAAAUAGAACCUCAAAAGAAUGACUCCAGAAAUAAAGAUAAAGAAGUUUCCAGUGUGCUUGAUGUACAGGUGCAGUAUGAAGAAGUUGAUAUUGAUAGUGAAAAUUACAAUGACCGUGAUUUUGAUCCUAAAGAAUGGGAAAUCGUUGAUAAAGUUUGUGCAAAUGGUGUUCUUAAAAAGAUUUGUAGAAGAAAAAUUCCUUUAAAGUAUGACCAGGCAUUUCAAGAAAAUCAACAAGAUAAAAAGGAAACUUUUGAAAUUGAGUAUAUACCACUUCAAUAUGAAGAGAUUGAGUUUGAUAAACAAAUUCUUAAUCAUUAUGUUUACGACCCAUUGGAGUGGCAAGAAGUUGAAAAAAAAUUUCCUGAUGGUGAAGUAAAGUAUUUUCUUCGCAAAAAUUUUGUUGUCCAAAUUAAAAAAUUUGUUAUCGAGAAUAAUAAAAAGUAUGAAGUUUUAGAAGAAUUUCCAUUGCAUGAAGAAGAUAUUGUAAACUAUGAAGAAGUUUUGUAUAAUGAACAUGACAGUUUCGAUAAAAAGGAAUGGGAAAUUGUUGAAAAACCAUUCCCAGAUGGAACAAAAAAGUUGAUCAGACGAAAGACUUUAUCAAUAACUCCACAAAGGUUUGUUACAAAAAAAGAUGGAGAAAAAUUCAAUGUUUUUGAUCAUAUUCCAGUUGUUAACCAAGUAUCGUCAUCUGAACUUGAAGCAUCUUCAAAAGAUAUUGAAUUAAAUGAUACAAAUCCAGAAUCGUUACAAUAUAAUGCAAAUGAAUGGGAAGUUGUAAAACAAUAUUAUCCAGAUGGUUCUAAAAAAACAAUUCGACGUCCAAGGAAUGCAAAAGCUAUUAAACAAUGUAAAAUUCUUGUCAAAGAAAAUGCCAAUGAGAUUAUUUCAGAUGCCAAUGUUGUUUUUGUUGAGGAAAUCUCUCCUAAAGUAAAAGAUAGAAACAAAGUUAUACCAGAGGAAGGUAGUUUUGUUAAAAAAGAAGAAGUUAACAAAAGUUUUACUGCUAUUUCAACAAAACCAUUUGUAUUUGAACCAUUUAUCAAGGAAGAAUGUCCUUAUGAAGAUGAUCCUGUUGAGUAUGAGGAGGUUGAUAUUGAUCCGAAUAAUCCCGAAUCACUUGCCUUUGAUUUAACGGUUUGGGAAGUAAUAGAAAGAAAAAUGCCAGAUGGCAAAAUUAAAAAAGUGCGAAGGCGUGUAGUUAUUGUGAAGAAAAAGAAUGUUAAUGAUUUUGAAAAAGAAAUAACAAGUAAAGAAACAAAAGAAAUACCUGUUGAAGAAAAUCUUAUUGAAGAUAAAAAUGUUUACCAGGAAUAUGGUGAAAAUGAUGAUGAGGAAGAAGAAGAAUGUGCAGAACCUGUUUUAGUGGAAGAAGGACCACUGCAAUAUGAAGAAUUCGAAAUUAUUGAAAAUCAACCAAAUAACAUUGAUAUAGAUCCUUCAGACUGGGAAAUUGUUCAAAAAGAAAAUGAUAAAGGAGAAGUACGUAAAUGCUACAGACGAAUGAUUGGAAUAAAAACAAUUAAAAUGCAAAAGAUUACCCAUAAUUCAAUUGAUGUUGUGUCAAAUAAAGCUAAUGAUACCAGUGCUCCUAUUUUAGUUGAAGAAAUUCCAGUUGAAUAUGAGGAGUUUCCAUUGGAUAACUCAGAUCUUUAUGAUCCAAAGGAUUGGGAAAUCGUUGAGAAAACUCAACCAAAUAUGCAAAUCAAAAGAUGUCGACGACGAAUUAUUGUAAAGCCUUUAUCUAAGAACAAAUUUUUUCUUCAUCCUGAUGGAAAUAUUGAGCCAGUUUCCUGUGAAAAUCUCAAAGAAGAUGGACCUUUAUUAUUCUAUUUAAAAGCUCAUCAAGAUAUAACACCAAUUCAACCAAAUGAAGAAGUUGUUGCUCAUACAACUAAUAGUACAACCAUUAAAGUUUGUCAGCAGUUUAUUGCUACCAAACAAGUGAAAGCUUUUCGAAUUUUUAUUCAUGCAGAUGGAUCUAGAGAUAUUGAACAAAUUUCUCAAAAUGCUCCUUCUAUUGAAGAAGAGCUUUCUGUAAAAUGUGAAGAAGUAGAUGAAACAGAGUCUACUCCCUUAAACAAUGAUGAGUGGCAAUCAGCAGAAGUUUUAUCACCAUCUGGAGUAGUUAAAAAGAUUAGACGACGCAUUUUGCCAUUAACAUUAAAAAAAAAAGUUUUCUUAAUUCGACCUAAUGGUAAUAAAGAAGAGGUUUGUGAUGAUUCAGUGGAGCAAGAUAGUGAGUGGGAAGAAAUCAUGGAAAGUGACCCUGCACCAUCACAUUUGAAUCCAAAUGAAUGGCAAUUUGAGGAUAGACUACAACCUGACGGAUCAAUAAAAAGGUUUAAAUGUAGAAUUAAAGUAACUAGUGAGAAAAAAGUACCUGAAAUCAAGUCCCGGGAAGUGCCUAACACUUCUGUCACAUAUGCACCCCAAAAACAACCAUUCCAAAAAAAUGAUGCUGAUAAAAACUCAGAAGAAGAUCCAAAGCAGUGGGAAGUAAUUCAAAGCCUAGGACAUGGGAGUGUUAAUAUACGAGUUCGUCAGCGUCCAGUAGUUAGUGUUUCAAGUUAUAUAAAUAAUGAUGAUUCUGAAAGUGAUGUGAAUGAAAGCAUGGAUGAUAUUUUAAGCCAAAUGAACGAUUUAUCAAAAAGUCUUGCAGAGGAUGAUACAAAAGCAGAGAGUGAUUUUAAUUCUUCUAUUACCAUAAGUAUAAAUAAAAAAGAACAUUUUGAUAAAAAAAAUGAAUUACUUGAUAAAGAAAAAAUAAACUUAGAAGAGGGACAAAAAAUAAACUUAGAAGAGAGGCAAAAAACUGAAGAUAAGGAUCAAGAUUGGAAAGAAAACCAAAGAGCUAAAGUCAAAGAAGAGGAGAUGCGUGAAGCAAACAAAGUAGAAUUGUCAUCUCUUUUUAAUCUUCCAGAUAUCGAUGAUGAAUCAUUCAAUGAUUCUUAUAAAAAUGACAGGUAUAAUGAUGCUGAUGAAGUUUCAAAAGACUUUUCAAAUAAUACAAAAGUGAUUUUCUCUAUAAAUAUGAGUAAAUUGGAAAAUAAAACACAUAGAAAUUCUUACAAAUCUGACAGUUUUUUGUUGGAUAGAAAACAUUCUUCAUUAGAAUCAGAUGUCUCUUCAGUAGAUGAACCAGAAGCAAGAUAUGUUGUAACACGUCAAGAUCAAGCAGAUUAUCGACAACCAUUAGAAAGUGGACCUCAUACAGAAAUACUUUACACAGUAACAGAUGUUUCUAAUGUUGAGCAAGGCAAAGGUGGUUUUGUAAAAGCAGUAAGAGAAAAACAUGAAAACAUUGCAUCUGUAGAAAAAAAAUCCUAUCGGUUGUCGCUUACUAACAAAGAUUUGGCAAAAGUCCAUCAUAGUGAUUUACCGAAAGGUCAUGUACCAACAAAAACUAUGAGCUUCAAAGAAAAUGCUGAUACCGUUAUUAUCACUUAUAAUCCUCCUUCUGUUGAUGUUAAAGCAACUAUUGUUCGACCAGCUUCUUCUGAACUCCCUGAUGAAGAAAAUCUAAUCAUUAAUAAAAAAGUUUCUGAAGAAUCUUGUUUGCCAAAUGAUUUUAUAGAAUCAUCAGACAUUCCAGUUGUUGAUACUCAUUCUGUUGUUUUUAUGGAACCUGCUGAUGUUGAUAGAAAGAUUUGUUUGGAAGAUGUGCUUUUGGAAACAAAGACAUUGCAGAUUCAAGAUAACGAUACUCAGUUAUCUCCUCAAAAUGUUCAAAUCAUAACUCGCGUACUACCUACUGAGGUUAUCACUCAAACUAUUGUUUACGAAGCUGAUCAUUCAUUAUCCCAAGAUGAACUUGACGGUUUAUUCGACAAACAAACAAUCACUUCUACUACUGUGACUACUACUGUUCAAAAAAUUUCUGGUGAAACUGUAACUCAUGAGACUGGUUAUCAGUUUGAGAAGCCUGAAGACGAAAUUGAAAAGGCGAUUCAUUCAGCUUUAUUUCGCGCAAACAAUUGCAUAGAAAAUAACGAAACAGGUUUUGUAGUUACUGAAGAGGGAAAAAUAAAAGAAGAAGAAAGAAGUGGCAUUGAUGAUGAAAUGAGUAAAACAUCAGGACUUAGCGGUGAAUGUUGUGAAUAAGUUCUUGCAACAAGAAAAGAAGAACAUAAUACUGUUGUGUAUAUAAUUGUGUGUCUACCAAAUCUUAAUAAGUACUUGUAACCGAGCCUCCAAUGAUUUCGAUAGAUUUCGUUUAUUUUUUAUAAUAUGCACAAAGCACAAGUAAUUAAUUUUAUCGAUUUUUGCACAUCAAGUUUAUAACGCUGCUAAAAACUAACUGUAGUUUAUUUUACUUGUUAAAUGUUGUUUAUGUCAAUAUGGUUUUCGAAGCCAAACCAUUAUUGACAGAUUCUUUUGUUCAAAUAUAUUGUAAAUAUGCUUAUAAAUGCAAAAUUUUAUAAAAUUAA